CCGGAAGUUACGCGGCCGAGGCGCUCUCUUCGCUUUGGUUGGAAUUUGUAAACUCACGUCAUCCUUCUCCUUCCACAUCCAGUACAAUAAAUCUUAUGCUCCUCAAUGUUCCCGCUCAGAUCUCUGCAACUCCACGAACCUACUUUACUCUCUACCAUCUCCUCUUCAUCACUGGUGUUCGCUGGUAAAUGACGAGUGUUAAUUUUCUUUCAUCUGUUCUGAUUUUAAAGGCGAGGCAUCAGGGAAGAUAGUGAUAAAGUUCUUACCGGGUACAUGAACAUACGGCCACUAUGGCUUAAUCACAAAUUUGACCGUGCAUGGUAGCUUGGAUGAUAGACAUUCACCAUGCCAGGAUCACGUCAAAGGCCAUACUUAAAGCCGGCUGUAUACAUUAGUAUGAUGGUUUCAUUGGUCAGCGUAUAUCUAGUUGGCGCCUACGUUUAUUCGCCAAAAAGCUCUCUGCUUUGUUAUAUAUUUUCUAGUGGUUGUCUCAAUGGUGCAUUUGAACAGCACCGGCCCACUGCUCAGCGGGAAUUAACAGAUGAAGAGACUGCAGCUCGGGUUGUAAUCAAGGAAAUUUUGAAGAGACCUCUAGCUCAGUCUAAGAAUCCGAAAAUUGCUUUUAUGUUUUUGACUCCAGGUCCACUACCUUUUGAGAAGCUCUGGCAUAAAUUUUUUGCUGGUCAUGACGACAGAUUUUCUCUAUAUGUGCAUGCAUCUAGAGACAAACCAACAUACACGAGCCCCUAUUUUGUAGGUCAUGCCAUUCGCAGCGAAAAGGUAGCCUGGGGAGAAAUUUCUAUGGUUGAUGCAGAGAAGAGACUUUUGGCAAAUGCACUUCUAGACCCAGAUAAUCGGCACUUUGUUCUGUUAUCUGAAAGUUGUGUACCCCUUCACGACUUUGAGUAUGUUUAUAACUAUUUGAUAUUUACAAAUGUCAGCUAUAUUGAUUGUUUUAUAGAUCAGGGUCCCCACGGAAAUGGCAGGUAUUCAGAGCGCAUGGCACCUGAAAUUGAAAAGAAAGACUUCCGUAAAGGUUCUCAGUGGUUUUCCAUGAAGCGACAACAUGCUAUUAUUAUAAUGGCCGACAGUCUUUACUUUACAAAAUUCAAGCGUUACUGCAAGCGAACCAAGGACGGCCCCAACUGCUAUGCUGAUGAGCACUAUUUUCCAACCCUUUUCAACAUGAUCGACCCCGGUGGAAUUGCAAAUUGGUCGGUAACAUAUGUUGAUUGGUCUGAGGGAAAGUGGCAUCCAAGAUCGUAUAGGAAUCAAGAUGUCACCUAUGAACUCCUGAAGAACCUUACCUCGUUUGACGAAAGUGUCCACAUUACGAGUACUACUCCGAGGAGGGUGAUACUCAAGGCCUGCCUUUGGAACGGAGUGAGAAGACCAUGUCAUCUAUUUGCCAGGAAGUUUUAUCCAGAAACUCUCGGAAGACUGUUGCAUCUUUUCUCCAAUUACACGGCUGUUUAGGCUGUUAGAGGUAGAUUUUUGACAUGGAGCCGCCCGAGUUGGCAGCUUGUCAUUGGUUGUUCUGAUUCGUCUUCUCAACCUUACUUCAUUACAUCGAAUAAUUUUUUCAAUUAGUCUAAUCUCGUUAGAGGUAUGUGAGAAAUUUAAGCUCUUGUUAACGGGUUCAGACAAGACAACACACUUUUUUAUUUUAUUUUAUUUUAAUAUUUUUUAUUUUUUGAGAUAGAGCCUCGAGAAUGGAAGAAUUCAACCUUCUAGUUCUUGCAAUGCAGAUAGAAGUCGAUCAGAGAGGAUAUCUGCUUCUUGUAUUAUUUAUUUCUGUACUAUCAAAUAUUGUUGUUAUUAUCUUUGCUUUUUUUUUUUUUUAAAUUAUUUAGUUGUCAUUUAAUUUAAAGAGAUGGAUUCAUCGACUGUAGAAUAAGAUGAACUCUUUGAACUGAGCUUGCAGCUAUUUGUAGCUUUG